AUGCAGAGCUCAGACCUGAGCCCCCAGGAUGGCACUUGGACAGAGUCCUCUCUGCUUUUGGGUCUUGGCGCCACCCUUUACUUGGGCUACUACUGGGCAUGUGUGCUCCAGAGGUCUCGACUGGUAGUGGGGCCUGGGUUUCUGGCCUUCCUGGAGCAACACUGUCCAGUCAUGGUGGAGACUUUCUACCCUACACUAUGGUGUUUUCAGGGGAAGCUACAAACCAUCUUCUGAGUCUUAAUGCAGUCUCAGCCCCUAGUCUCUUACUGGAGUGAAGUCCUCCAAACCCCAGAUGGAGACCAGCUUCUACUAGACUGGGCUAGCCAGCAUGACAGCAGCCAAUACAUUGACCCGACCACCCAGCCCAUUGUAUUACUGCUGCCUGGCAUCACAGGCAGUAGUCAGGAGACAUACAUCCUGCACCUAGUUAUCCAAGCUUUGAAGGAUGGCUAUUGUUAAGGAUGGGCAGAGGCUGUUUUAUUUAAUAACUGGGGCUGCCGUGGGGAAGAACUGCUGACUCACAGGGCCUUUUGUGCUGGCAAUACUGAAGAUCUGGAGACAGUCGUGAAGCACACAAAACGCCGCUACUCCAAAGCUCCACUGCUAGCUGUGGGCAUCUCUCUUGGCGGGAUACUGGUGCUGAACCACCUGGCACGGACUGGGCAAGCUGCAGAGUUGGUGGCAGCAUUGACUUUCUCUGCAUGCUGGGAUUCCUUUGAGACUACUCGCUCCCUGGAGACCCCACUCAACUCAUUGCUCUUCAAUCAGCACCUCACUGCUGGCCUCUGCUGACUGGUGGGCAGAAAUAGAAAGGUGACUGGCAAGGGUGAUGUAGACUUUGUGCUACAGGCCUGUACAAUUCGUCAGUUUGAUGAGCGCUACACAGCUGUGGCCUUUGGUUAUCAAGACUGUGAUGCCUACUACCAAGCAGCAGGCCUGAAAAUCAAGGUAGAUGCCAUCCAAUUCCCUGUGCUCUGCCUCAAUGACCCUUUUUCCUCAGAUGACCCUUUUUCCCCAGCCAGUGAGCCUGGGUUCCUGAUUCCUCUGACCCUCUCACAGGCUGCCCAGCACUCUCCCCACAUUGCACUGCUCAUCACAGCCCGUGGGGGCCACAAUGGCUUCCUGGAGGGGCUGCUCCCCAGGCAGCACUGCUAUACGAGCUGCCUCUUGCAUCAGUACGCCAAAGCCAUCUUCCAGCACCCAGAGGAGUUGCUCAGCCUCACGGCGCUCUUACCUUCUGAGAGAGGCAAGAGAAGUACCAUUUAG